GUGAGGGGGGGGGGUCACACAGGGCCCACCGCCACCCCCCUACUGAAGCCACUUCCGGCUCGGCGCUGGCGCGCAUGCGCCGUGCUCCCCUCUCCUCCGUCCGUUGACGUCAGCGCGUGCGUGCGUGCGUGCGUGCGCGCGCGGAUCCGCCAUGGAGGCCUCGGCGGGCGGCGGGGCCGGCGGCGCGGCGGGGCGGCGCUGGUACUUCAGCCGCGAGCAGCUGGAGCGCAGCCCCUCGCGCCGGGCCGGCCUCGACCCCGACAAGGAGCUCUCGUACCGGCAGCAGGCGGCCAACCUGCUGCAGGACAUGGGGCAGCGCCUCAACGUCUCGCAGCUCACCAUCAACACGGCCAUCGUGUACAUGCACCGCUUCUACAUGGUGCAGUCCUUCACCCAGUUCCACAGGAACUCGGUGGCACCGGCGGCUCUGUUCCUGGCAGCCAAGGUGGAGGAGCAGCCCCAUAAGCUGGAGCACGUCAUCAAGGUGGCUCACGCCUGCCUGCAUCCCCAGGAGCCUCCUCCGGACACCAGGAGCGAGGCUUACCUGCAACAAGCCCAGGACCUGGUCAUCCUGGAGAGCAUAAUCCUGCAGACCCUGGGCUUUGAGAUCACCAUCGACCACCCCCACACCCACGUGGUGAAGUGCACUCAGCUCGUGCGAGCCAGCAAGGACUUGGCGCAAACUUCCUAUUUCAUGGCUACCAACAGCCUGCACCUGACCACCUUCAGCCUGCAGUACACCCCUCCUGUUGUGGCCUGCGUCUGUAUCCACCUGGCUUGUAAAUGGUCCAACUGGGAGAUCCCAGUCUCCACGGACGGGAAGCACUGGUGGGAAUACGUUGAUGGCACUGUAACUCUGGAGCUCUUAGAUGAACUGACUCAUGAAUUCCUGCAGAUCCUCGAGAAAACUCCCAACCGGCUCAAACGCAUCCGGAACUGGCGGGCCUCGCAGGCGGCCAGGAAGUCGAAGGCCGACGAGCACAGCGAAGACAAGAGCCUGUCGGAGCAGACCAUCCUCAACAUGAUCUCCAGGAACAACAGCUCGGACAUGAACAUCGCCGGCCUGAUGAGCAUGUCCACGUCCUCCACCGCCGCCGGCGCGGGGCCGGCCCUGCCGCCUUCCACCGAAUCCCCCCGCGAGCAGAGCGGCACGGAGGCGGCGGCGGGGGCUCAGCCGGAGCACUGGCUGGCCCAGCAUCCUCCCCCCAAACUGGAAAGCUCCCAGGGCCACAGGACUAGCGACGGCUCGGCGGCCGAGCACCCUCUGCAGCAAGAUGGCGCUGCUUAUCAGAAGCAGGGCGGCAAGAACGCGCCGGCGGCCAAGGUGUCGCUGAAGGAAUACCGAGCCAAGCACGCCGAGGAGCUGGCGGCGCAGAAACGGCAGCUGGAGAACAUGGAGGCCAACGUGAGGUCCCAGUACGCCUACGCCGCGCAGAAUUUGCUGGUCCAGCAGCAGCGGGAGAGGGAAGUCCAGCAGGAGAGCAACCCCUCGCCCAUCAUCUUGAAAAUCCCCAUCGGUUCGGAGAACCCCGAGCGCCCUCCCGGCCCCGAAAAAGGUGACAAAGCCUCGGCUCUCAAGCUGAGGAUCCCGGUGACGGGCGGUGGAGGGGGCGAGAGGCCGCUCCCCUCCAAGCAGGAGGAGAUCAAAAUGCGCAUCAAGGUGCCGAGCGCCGCCGACAGGCCCGGCUCCCUGGACGAGAGCGGCGCCAAGAGCCGGGAGCACAAGGAGAAACACAAGGGCCACUCUUCCAACCACCACCACCACCACCACAACCAUCACUCGCACAAACACUUGCACCCCCAGCUCGCCGCCGGCCCCAGCGGCGUGGUCAACAAGCGCCCGGGAGACUCUAAACACCUCGCCCCCCCCAGCGCCGUGCCCCACAAAAGCUACGGCCUCUUUGGCUCUUCCCGCAAGAGGCCCCCGCCGGAGGAGGUGGCGGCGGCAGCGGCGGCGAGCGCGGCGCCCCACGAGCACCAGCCCAAAAUCAGCAAAAGCUCCAAGGGCUCCGGGGCUCAGUUCCAGUAUCCUCACCUCCCCGGUCACGGCUCGGAGGCUGGAGGCCUCCCUUUACCAACCCCAACGCCCAAAAACCGGGGACCCCACGGCAAAUCGGACAAGGGGCCGGCGGGGGCCAACGGGCACAACGCCAACCAGGCCAGUGACUACCAGGAUACGGUCAACAUGCUGCACUCGCUGCUGAGCGCCCAGGGCAUGCAGCCCACCCAGCCCCCAGCCUUCGAUUUCCACGCUUACGGCGAGCUUUUGAACCCCCCCUCCCGGGCAGCCGCCGCUUCCAGAGCCGCCAACACAGACAGACCCCGGCCCCCCCCACUGCCCUCAGAACCGCCCCCGCCGCUGCCUCCCCUCCCCAAAUAAUUCCUUUUUACUACUGAAUCGGGACAAAUCGGCCUGCCUGCCCCAUUUUUUUUCCCCCCGCCCGCCCCCAUACCCUGCCCCUGCGGUGGAGGGGAAGGGCUGUUGGUGUUCCCCACCCACCCCCCCCGAGAACUCUUUUAUUAGAACUUUUCUUAUUUCCUCGCGAGGAGCCCUCGAAGCUGUGAAAGGACAAAAUCCCUUUCUCUUCCUCGCUUCCCUCCCUCGCCGACUUCCCAGUUAACAGCAGGGUUUGGCCCUGCUGGAACUGAACCCCCCCCCAAUUUGGGGAACACAUCGGGUGGGGGCCCGGGGAGGGGAUUAUUUAAAACAUGUUGCAGAAAAAAAACCACGAGAUGUUUUACAAAUAAUUUAAGCAGUAACUUAUAUCUUUUAGACUUUUUGUUCCUUUUUAAGUUUUGUGAUGCUGGCAGGUGCUGCGGGGGCUCUCCCAACCCCCCCGGCGAGACUCGGGGCCCCACUCGCGUGGCUCCGCUCAAGCUGAUGGUGACAGAAAGUGGGUCGAGGAGCUUUUUGGGGUCAGAACGGAGGAAAACGGUGCGUGGGGAGGGAAAGGGGCCGCCGGGCUGGGCAGGCGGCUUGCGCCGAAGGUUUUUGGGGUGCUCCCGGUUUUGGGGUGCUCCUGGUGGUGGUGGAGAGGGGGUGGCGUGCGAAGGGCCAGCAGGGUGCUGAGCCCUGGUGUCUGCAGGACGUGAUGCGAAGCCCAGAGCCCGCUCUGGGUGUGGGAGCGAGGCACUGGUGAGACUGGGCAGGGCUGGAGGGGGCCGCGGGGCAGCUCUGGGGGGAGCCCUGCCUGCGCCGCAGCUCCUCCCGCCACCAAAACCCGAAAUUAAACCCGAAAUCUGUGGCCGAGGGCGCCUGCCUCGUGGUGGUGGGGGGGUCUGACGUUUUUGGAAAAGCCGAACUUGUUUUGUUGUUCAGCCUCUCACUUUUCCAGACUUCAAUAAACGUUAUCGUCUCCACCCGG